CCAACACCUCGGUGGAGUGUGAAGAUACUACCUGUGCAAAAAAUCACUAACUGGCCCGAAGGCGAAGUACGACCACAUUACGCCAUCGAUGGAGACUCGUCGAUCCCUGAUCAAGUUGAGAGUAGCACUCCAUCACGUCUGACCUUCUCAAUAGUGCCCACGAAAACCGACACAGCACCUACCGGUGUUAUUGACUUCGUCGAGCCCAGAGUGAUGGAGCUCAUUAGUCAUAUUCGAACCACUCAGACAACUAAACCGUUCUUCAAGUUAGUGAAGCCUAGUGUUCAUCAACGGCUGUCAUUGACGACCACGUCAAUAACAGCAACAACGACAACACCACCACCACCGUCUCUCAGGAAACCUCUGAAGCCAAAACGACCUCUAUCCAAUCGCCCUGCCCCAUCUACAAGUCAAUCAAAAUGUGGUGUCGCACCAGAUUUCACUCCCUGCGUCAGUUCGGAACAAGCUAGCCAUGCCCUGCUGGAAUGCUGCCGAAGGAAGAACUUACCGCCUGGGUGUCAAUCACUCUGCCGUUAUGAUAUCACACAAGCUGAGGUACGCGCCGCAAUGGAUCGUGGCCAGUGUGGAAUUUUCAGCGUUGCUCCAUUCUUAGAAUGUGCUUCUCAGGGUAAAGAUAACUCAGAAUGCUGUCGAUACAAGGGUCUUGCUCAGAAAACCGGACCUCAAUGCGAGCAAUUCUGCCGGCCAACUCAAGGGCUUAGCGCCCUAGGUCUACAGCACAUUGUGUGCGGUAAUGGUAUCGGUGACAUGCUUCAAUGCCACCAUGCAGGAAUCAGAAGAUAA